AUGACCAGACACCGGCUGCAACGGCUCGAAUCGCCGUCUCGAACAUUGUCUCUCUUGCUUCACAUUGCCGGGCUCUGUUCGUUCUUCGCUUCAUUUCAGUUUUUGAGUACUCUCACUCAUGAAAUUUCUAUGGGCUUUGGGGGGAACUACCAGCACCUCACCAACAUUGGCUUGAUCUUGUCUGCAGUAACUUUCGCGACCGGUAUCUUAGCCGACAUCACACUGAGCAACAAACUGUUUGUCAUUAAGAAUGCUCUCUCAACAACAACUGCCCCGCUUGAGGUUCUCAUCAGCAUCUUGUAUUGGGGCAUCCGGUCCAUCGAUGAACGUCUCCUAAUGCCGGAAGGCUUCGAGCUUCAUUGGCUGCCAGACAUUGGCUUCCACUUGAUUCCGGCGGUCGUCCUAACACUUGACUUGAUUUUCUUUAGUCCACCAUGGACAAUUCGUGCGUAUUCGGCCAUGGCCGUGAGUAUGGCUUUUGCCUUCUUGUAUUGGGGUUGGGUUGAACUAUGCUUCAGCAAGAACGGAUCGAUACCCUUACCCCAUCUUUGCCAUUCUGAACACAGCGCAGAGAGUGGGAUUGUUCACAUUUUCUGCGAUGUUGAUGACGGCAAGCACGAUCUUGUUAAAGUGGGUUUACGGUUGGGUUAA